AUGCCCACUGACGCCUGGCUCCCCCCUCGUGACUACGUCGGCUACGGCGGCGAUUCACCCAAAGUGCUGUGGCCCGGCAACAAAGUAAUCGCAGUCUCAUUCGUGCUCAACUACGAAGAAGGCGCUGAGCACACACCGUGGAACGGCGAUGACCAGAGCUGCGACUCCCUCCAUGAGUUACACUAUGACAGGCCCGCCAUCCACGGUGGUCAAAGGGACGGUGUUGUAGAAGACAUGUUUGAAUGGGGCAUCCGUCAAGGCCUGCCGCGUCUUAUCAAGCUGUUCCGACAAUACGGAUGGAAAUGGACGACCUGGACCUGCGCGCGGGCUUUCGAGGUAACCCCGACGUACGCGAAACUGCUCGCAGACGAGGGACACGAGAUCGCAUGUCACGGCAACAGAUGGCGCAUCCAUGGCACCAACCUCGCUGAGGCGAAAGCUCAUGUCCAUAAGUCUUUCGACCGGCUGCAAGCCACGACCGGCUUGACUGACGUGCCCACUGGCUGGUUCGGAGGCGGCGUGCCAAACCACACCAAGCUCGCGCGCGCCGAGGUGCACCGCGAGCGGCAAGUCCCCUUGCUCUACUGCUCAGACACGUACGCUGCGGAUGUGCCAUACUGGGUGCAGGACCCUUAUGCUGCGGUGCACGGCGGCGAGGACAAAGGGAUGCUUAUGAUUCCGUACUCGCUUUGCACCAAUGACCAUAGAUUCUUUGUGUCGCAAGGUGCCGGCGUGUCAAAACCGGACGACUGGUUCGAUUUGCUCAAGUCCGAGUUUGACCAGCUCUACGAGGAGGGGCAAGCGGGAUCGCCAAAGAUGAUGACCAUCGCCAUGCACAACCGCUUCGUUUGCAAGCCGGGUCGCACCAUGGCGUUGAAGCGGUUCAUGGCGUAUGUCGCCACAAAGCCCGACGCCUGGGUCUGCACGCGACGAGAGAUUGCCGCUCACUGGCGAGAGCAUUACCCCUACGACAAGGUUGGUGCAACUGACCAACUGCAUCCUACAGCGGAUGCAUCCGCAUGAUUUGGGAUGAAGAUUGCGACAAUCAUGGGAUGGAUGUAGU